GAAAUGAGAUCAUCUGUGAGAGUUUAGUCAUAUUUGUGGAAAAAAAAAAAUCUGGAAGAUGGGUAAUUUAUGACAGUGUAAUUGCUUAAAUGAUAUCAGCCAUUGUCCUGUAAAGUGAUACAGCAGAGAACAAGUGCACUGUGUUCAUUCUUAGGCCCUUGGUGUUCAUUAUUUAUUUUUUUGUUUUCAAACCAGUUAUUGAAAUAUCACUCCACAUUCAACAUGGUCUCCAUUGUCAAGACAGAGAUUUACACAGGCUGGACAGGGCCAGGGAGAGUGUUGCCACAAAUGACUGAUUCCAGUGUGAAGGCAAAAAGAGUAUGAGCACAUAUUUGUGUCACAUGAACGGGCCUGCUGCUCUGUGUGUGACGCCUGCACACAGAAAAUGUCAAAUAAACAAAUAAAUAUUAGCUUUGGAACGUUGAAGGAAACAGACAGCAAUAAUGUGGAAAUUAAAAAAAUUAAAAAGCCUCUAGGGAAUAUACAGAAACAUGAGUAGACAAGAUCCUUUGUUAUAAUACUAAGAUGAAAUUGAGCAGAACAGACUUCUCAACAGAAUGAGAAACAGAUGAAAACAACAUUAUGUUUGCACUUGAAAAUUCCACGCUCAGAACAAAGCCCUCCUUUGUGUUGUAAUUCAUUUUGUGCUAUACAUGGUGCUUGCUGAAAAAAACAGAUAACUUUCCAGUCUUGUUUGUUUUUUUGUGAUGAUGGAGGCAUGUGAAAGGUGAGCACACAAUAGGAGGUCUAACAGUACCAUCGCACUGAGACCAGAGCCAGGGAAUGAGUUGAUGCUUGUUCUGUGAGAGAGGUCAUAAACAGAGGGCUUUUUGACCCCAGAACACGUGCGCUUCGGCUUGCAGACGUGUGGGACAAACCUUUGAAACCAGCCUGUUGAGCUGCCUGCUGGCAUGACACAGGUCUGGGAACAAAAGCAUAGUGAGGUUCAAAGCUCCAGUAAUGGUAGGGGGAGUUUUAAUUAACAUAAUCUUAAGAUAUUUCAAAGUUAUACUGACAUGCAAGGCUUUUUUGAGUAGGAUAUCAGAUAAACACCAAGUAUGCAUAUUUAGAGGUAUGGGUUAAAGCAUCUAUAGCAUACUUAAGCAAACAUAUCUCUGUUUCCUAGACAACAAAAAUAGCUGUUCAGCACAUAAGAAUAAGACCAGUAAAAUAAACCCCUUCUAACAACAUUUGAUUUUGCAUUUGAUAAGGAAACUGUCAAGCAUGAGAUGACCUGAGUCAGAGAAAUCGGUUGACAAUGUGGCAGUCUUUUGUUCUCAGUUUCAGUCCUGAGAAUUUUAAAGGAAACAUCAGAAUUUGUUAAUGACAAUGACAUAUUCUCCAGUAAUUCAAAGUAAAUUCUUUUACUAUUAUGUACACUAUUGCAGUACAAAUAUAUUUAGGUAUGUGCGUAUUGUAUAUUAUUUGCAUGGUUCAUUCCAGCCAUCCAUUUUCUGAAAUUGCUUGUCUAUUCAGGGCCGCGGGGGUUCAGAGCCUGUCCCAGAGGCUACGGGCCAAAGGCAGGGAACAACCCAGCAUGGGGUCCCAGCAUUUGCAUGGCUAAUCAAUAUUAUUUAUAAAUGAAUAUCUAUUGCAAUUAGGAAAAGGUCCCUUUUCAAUUUACAGAGUACAAUACAACUGGGUAAAUUACACAGAACUGGUUAAUGUAGGACAAGAGGAGGAAGGUGAAGCCCACUCAGGAACGCAUGCAGGAAUUCUGAAUAAAAUUAGCCUUCAUGAUGGCAGAGCUAACAAUUAAUAAUUGAGAGAGACCCUGUAAAUCUUGACCCUGUGAUAUUUCUGCUUCCUCCAGAUCAGUGGCAUUUCCACAGAAAUCUCUGUUGCCCUGUCACAAACAUAGGGGGAGGGUGUAAGAUCAUCUCAGGGGCUCUUCCUCUCUCUGCCUGGCUUCUCUUAACUCUUUGGGCACAGAAGCCCUGCUAAUGUCCCAAGGCACCAGCCUGAAGUUUAGCUGAAAAGGUCAGAUGUUCCUCUGCACUCUGGCAUUGUACACAUGUCCAAAAAUGUUGACCACACAAAUCCAUUUAGAAGACACACAAAUAAAUGUUUUACAUUCCCACUACCCUAAAACUAAAACUUAAAAAUGACUGGAGGAAUGAACAAGGUUCAUGGCGCAUGGACAAUGACACAUAUAUUACUGGUUGGUGUUCCGCAUUUGAAGGCUAUCAUAGUAUACUAAACAAAAGAUUACAACUAAUGAUAACUGCCUGCCUUAAGAUCACUGGGUGCUUCAGAAUACUGCUGAUUAAGAAAAGUCACUCCAUUGCUGUUUGCGCCCAAAACAGAAUACUGUGGAUGCUACAGGGAUUUUUGGGGUAUAGGUGCUUAUGACCACAGGAAAGAGAGCGAGAGCAAGACAGGAAACCACCUCCUAUCCUGAGAAGGGGAGGUCCAAGGCUACUCAGCAGAAGGGAGCAGUACAAAACGAGUGAGAGAAGGCAAAGCAGCCGAGAGACCGGUUUCUCAGUUUACCAUCGUUCCUACCCACCUGCUCUGAUUUUUGACCUUGUCCUGAGUCGAAGAUGAGAUAGUGGGAACACAGGUUUCAGCUACUGGGGGAACUCGCUGUCCUCGACAAGGCGGUGUUUGUACGUGCAAAACAAAAUGGAUUUACUUUGCAAAAGAAAUGUGAGUAUCUUUUAAUAGGCUUGGGUUACUGGAUACUCCACAGUUUGCAGGCAGCGUCUAAUUUUCAAAAUGAAGGAAAAGCUCCUUAAUACAUUUUUACCUCUUGCUUUAGUUUGUACUUCUUAAUCUAGUGAAAGGCAACUAACAAAGAGAAUGUUGAUACCUAAUUGGAAUAUCCCUGCAGUAGAUGACUUGUAUGGACAUUUAGGAGAUUUUAGAGACACUCUGUUUUAUAGCACUACUGGUGUCACGACCUAGUUGGUGAUACUAGAAAGGUUUAGAUGCUCCUAAUGCGAUAUUGAAGCAAUUGGAUAGUUUUGAUCUUUUCAAAAUUGAAUGGAAUUGUAUGCCCCUGUGAUUAUAGAUUUGAUCUUCCAGACACUGCUACAGUAGAAAGGGGCUUGGAAGAGAGAGGGUGCUCUUUUUGAAGGUACUGUUGUCAUGCUGCCGUGAUCGUGGGCGAAGCUGUAGGGUGGCGAUGGAGCUGAAGGUGUGGGUGGAUGGGCUGUUACGGGUGGUGUGUGGUCUGUCUGAGAAGACCUCCUGUCAGGAUGUAGUCAUCACCCUCGCCAAAGCCAUGGGUCAGACGGGUCGAUAUGUUCUGAUCCAGAGGCUGAGAGACUAUGAAAGGCAGCUUCUGGCUAAUGAGAAGCUGCUGGACUCCAUGACAAAGCUAGGUCAGCAAGCCAGUGACAUCCAGUUCUUCUUGCGCCGCAUUGGUCCCACUAAUCAGGACAGAACAGUUUCGGAAAAAGGAAUUACCAGCCCCAAACUACAUGUGUUAGAACUUCACAAACACAAGGAACCCAGACGGUCUCACACAUUCAACCUGGGUCACUCUAGCUCACUUAAAAAGAAGCCCAAGCAUUCGAAAAGGUCAGCUUUCACACCUCCCCCUUGCUCGUCUGUCACUGUGUCCAAGGACGAGAUUUUCCAGCAAGUUCUGCAGCAGCAAACAAGGCUGCAUGACCUGGAGGUCCAUCUGAAUGCAACGGAGCAGGAGAUGCUUGUCUGGGAACAGAUGACUGCUUCUGACUGUGAGCUACCAGAGACAAAGCUAGAGGCAAAACUGGAGCAAAAGCUAUGCACAGAGGAAGAUCAGGAACUUGCCUUGAACCACAAGCUGAGGAAACUGCACCAAAUGCUGGACAGUUACGAUACCAGCCUGCAGGACCUAACAGUCCACACUGGGCAUCUGGAGAAGGAGAUUGAGCUGGAGGACAUCAGACGUCAGUCCUUCGUAGCACUGUCAAACCUUGAGGAGUCAUUUGGGUCUGUUAAGGUGGAGCUAAACAGCGAGCAGAAGCAUGGAGAGGAGCUGGAGUCUUCUCUUACAGAGCUUGAAAAAGUUCUUGGGAGCACAGAGGCUCUGCUGCAGGCUAAGACAGAGGAAAUGGACAAGCUGAACAAGGAGCUGCGACAAUGCAACCUGCAGCAGUUCAUCCAGCAGACGGGAACCCACAUUCACACAGACCUAGAACAUCUGGAGAAAAUUGAAAAGAUGCAUCUCCUCCCUAAAGGAUCCUACAAUGGUUCUGGCUCAUGUUAUGCGGCACUGCCCCCUCAAUCAACGGCCAAGCGGCUUCUGGGUCACCCGCGGAACCUGCUGGGUCACCCGCGGAACCUGCUCGAUCCUAUUAUUUCUAGCCUCAACCCCGAAGGCGUGUUUGUGUGAAUCUCCCUGACCCAGCAAGGCGCCCCAGUAGCUGAGCUCUGCUUCCCAAAGCCACUUUGAAAGUGUCUCCCGAGCCUCUAACAGUGACACCCCACACGGCUUUACAUGAAAUGACUUCAGCCUCUUUAUCAGCUCACCCCAGGACUCUCACUUCCCUCUGCACAUGGGUUUGUCUUAUCUUGUCUAUUAGCCCAUGUGCUACUAUUGUCUUUUAUGUACCUCAUAUCUAUUUUGGAAAUGGCAUCUAAUGACAACUGUGCUAAUAAAUGGAUCUGGGCUGCUAUAAGCUCAUCUUCAGACUCAUUUCCUGGCCUUUGAUGCAACCUACUAGAAGAUGCAUCAAAUAUGGCUACCAAAAGACAAUCCAAGGAACCACAUCUGCAUAAUGGUAUCAUAAUUGUGAGAAUGGUCUUGCAAUAUUUAAAGUUUUGAAUAUUUAAAAAUGAUUAACAGAACUGUUUAAAUUAUUUUGUGACCUGUUAUGUUGCUUGCAAAAUUUGUGAAUGGCUCAUAUUCCUGAAACUGAGUACACACAGCACAAUACAAACAUGCAUUCCAUCUCUCUUUAUGCUUCAACCAAUUAAGAGAAGCACUGCAAAAGGAAGCCAUUGUGGAUGUAAAGAGGAGCCCCCAUUUGUACCUUGUCCAAUGCAUGUGUACUUUGUCUACUAGGAUGACAGCUAUUUUAAUUACUGAUUGCACAAAAAGCAUGUAUUUAUUGCAAACUCCUAUAAACAUUACAUUCAGUGAAUUACUGCAAUAACUAGGUGUGAUUACGUGUGAUUUUAUAAAAAAAAAAAAAUUACAGAUUUUUUUUUUCAAUAGACUGUAAACCAUUCAUCCAUCCAUCCAUUUUAUCAUGCUUAUCCUAGUCAGAGUCACAGGGGACCAUAAGUCUAUCCCAGGCAGCACAGGGCAGUAGACCCUGGUACAGUCCCUCACACUUUAUGGGCUGUGUAAACAGUGACAUGGGUGUUAAAGUAAAAAGGGGCAGGGCAAUAGAUGAGGUAUAUUGUUUUUAUGCACAAGGAAACGAUCUACAGCUUUGUAAUUAUUCUGGGACGAAAGCUUGCUCUACUCGCUUGUUUUAAUUAAAUUAAAACUUUCUGGCCCACCCAGGAUUUUUGGAUGAAGGCUGCCGAUGACAGUUCAGAGAUAGAUACAAUAUAACCUUUAUGCUAAGAUGUUGGUUCAGCUCCAGGGGUGGAUCCUGGUAACCCUAUUCUGGGUGGGGUAUGCUGGCUUUUAUUGAUACCUUAAGUAGUUUUUGCACAUUUUGCCCCUGUAUGACUGUAAUUAGAGUUGAGUCUGUAUACUUGACACAAAGUCAAAGUUAUUUAGAGAGGGUGGUGGCCUCAGCUGAGGAUGCACCUUGACAAAUUUGUGAUUUUCAUGAAUAAAAUAUCAAAUCGCAGCCAUGUUUUUGUAGGCGUCUGGUUUGGGGGGUGCCAGCCAUGCUAUUUGCAGUAGUUAUUUUGGCCUUAUCUGACCAUGACUUCCAGUACAUAUUUGGACAGUUCAAUGCUAAAUGGGAAAUGAUGGGGCUAUGAUGCCCUCUGAGAAAAGACUGCAUUGUUCUGUUCACAUGAAUAGUUGAGAUUACCCUUAGUUGUGGACAUUGUGUUGUACUACAGAAAUUUGUAUUACAGAAGUACUAUGACCUGAGGUGAAAGAAGAACAUCAAACAUAACAUUAUAUAAUGUUAUACAUGUUAGUGUACAAUGUUUUGUUUAAUAAAUGCCAAAAACCAGAUGGUGAAUGAAUAAAAUGGAAAAUCCGAAAGACUCAGGUCAGGAUAAGCAGCUGGAAGAUGGUUAGGAAAGACACACAACUAGCACUGUGGCAUGAUGACUUCACAUCACCAGGGCUGUGGGUUUGACUCCUGUCAUCUGUGGCUGCAGAGGUUUAAACUCAAAAACUUAAGAUGAGAAAAUCUGGCAUCAGAUGCAAAUAAUUAGUUCCUGGAUUUACAGAGGGAAAAAAAAUUAAUGAUAUCCUGGAAAUCCAGGAAAAUUCCCAAGGGGAUAUUGUCCAUGCUGCAAAAUAUACAUUUCCUCAAAAUGAGCACAAUCUGCUUGGCAGAACAUGUAGCAUAUCAUGUCCUACCCACCAUAUCCGCUUGACCCUCCUGUAUCCUCCCUGGCGUGGUUCUAACUAGCUACGACUAGCACGUUUGUCUUACCGCUCCUUCCUACCCUUGUGUUAAUCACGUUCAGUUGCCUAUUGUUUGCUCCCUCGUUGAUUGUUGUAUUUAAGUGCUUCUUAGGCCUGUGUUUUCCAGAUCUAUCAUUAAUGUUAUUACCUAGUAUUGCUCAUGGUUUGCCUUCCUCCAUGGCUCCCAUUUUUGUUUUUUUAUAAAAGAUCCUGGUUGUUUUCAGUUUUGUACUUUUGAGAUAAAUAAAACUCUUUUUGUUUGUUUUUCAUGUCUAAUCCUGCGUCCCUCAUCCUGCCAGAUAUUAUAUACAUAAUAUUAAUCAAUUAAUUCAGAGUUAUUAUACAUGAAUUAAAUGGAUCAAAUAAAUGAGAUGGAGCACA